AUGUCUACCAGAUCGGGGAAACGUAUUCAUUCUUCAGACAUAGAAAAUGUAGAAAAGAUCGUAGAAUUACAAACUGUGCGGAAAACGCGAAGUAAAAAACAAAAAGAGAACAAUGAUGAAGUAGCUACAGCGAAAAAGAAGAAAAACUUCGUGAGACGUCCUUCAGGUGAUGAGACAGAAAGCUUAAAUGAUAAAACGGAGCUUGUUAGUAAGGGUUCGAGGAAAUCGAGACGGAACACACUCAAAGAACUUAAUGUUGUCGACAACGACUCUGAGAUACUAAAUGAUAAAACAUCUAUGAGACACUCAAGAAGAAUCAGGAAAGAAGAUGCUGAACCUACUAACAUACUUGUGGAAGAAGACAUUAAGAGUAAGGAGAAGAAAAAAUCAAAAAAGAAAAAAGUCAUUGUGACCGAGAACACAGAGAUUGAACCAGAAGCUGUUAUCGUUCCAAAGAAAAAAAGUAACAAAAAGAAAAACAAGAAUUCAAAUUCAUUUAUUGUUGAAGACUUAGCACUACCUCGGGAGGAUAUCAGCUUUAACAGAAGCAAUGUAUCUGUUGAUUCAUUCCACAGUGCAGCCGGCAGCCCCGACAAGUAUACAUUGGAUAAUGAUGCUAAGAAUGACGACACUAGACAUAAGAGGAGAGAGAGAAAAAUAAGUAGCUCUACAACAUGUGACAAUACUAUUAAUGAGAAUAAUAAAGGAAAAAAGAAAAAUAAAAAGAUAGAAAAAGAUAAGGCUGAGAAAUUAGGUUUCAAAGAAACAUCAUUCGAAGAAGUUGACAGUAAAUCUGAGCCGAUCAAUGCUAAAAUUGAAAUGUCCUCUGAUAAUAAAAACGGUGAAACAUUAAAAACAAAAUCAAAGAAGAAGAAAAAGUGUAAAGAAAAUAAUUGUUUAAAUGAUGUAAAUACAAAUAAUACUUCUGAUAACAUUGGUGUUGAUCUUAAGAGUCCCUUGGAAUGUGAACUACCUGGAUCUCUAAAUAGUUCAGUUAAAGCCAGUCCUCACACCAGAUGGAACGGAAUUGCAAUAAGUGAUGUUAAUGAUAUUGCCGCCGCUUCUUAUAUGCCUGAUGAGAAUUGUGUUAAGAGUACUCCUGACAAGUCAACACCUAAUAAUAGUUCAAAAAAAAGAAGGAAGUCUCAUUGUAAAAUAUCAAGUAGUACUGAAAUCAACACAUCCACAACAGUGUUGAAUACAUCCUAUAAUGUUAAUGAUUGCAACAUGAGCCAACCAACAAAUAAAAAGGAGAUGAGAAAAAGUGUUGAUAAAAAUUCAACAUAUGACAACAUAAUGUUGUCCGAGACAGACAUUCAUAACACAAGUGAGAGAGACUGUGACAAUAAUACAAGAAGCGUUGAGAAGAAAUCUCCGAAGAAUAGAAGAACAUCACAAAGAAGAUCCAGCAUCCAAAAUAAUACAUACGAUAAGACUGAUGACAAAGUUAUCAACUUGAAUGCAACAUUUGACAAGGAAAUUACAGAAAAUACAAGCAACUCAUCAACCUACGUUGGCAGAAAAUCUAGAUCAUCCAAAUUUUCUCUAGAAAAAUGUGACACCUCCACAGUUUUGAAUGGCACUUAUGAUAAGAGUGUAGAAAUCACUUCAACUCUCAACAAUACUUUUGAUAAGCCAAAGCUAGAUGCGACUUUUGAAUGUACCGAUGAUAAGAAACACAUAGAACCGAGGACCUCCUCCAUUAUAAGUUCAGACAACACAAACAUGACCUCCGACAUGUCUGAAGACUGCUCCCGAAUCAGCAUUACUAGUGAUGACUCCAGGACUGAAAACAUCGUUAAUACAACUCCGCUCUUGAUAGAAAGCAGUAUGGAGGAAUCUCGUAUUAAUAAAACUGUUACACCACUGAAAGAUGAGGCCAGUGAGGUGAAGAACACUCCGGAUAAACAAUCUACAGAACAUAGUAACAUGACACCGCUCAAACGAGACGGUACCUAUACUGACUUGAAGAAAACACCGCUGAAACGACAGGGAACAUUCACAGAGGAGCCAAAACCAGAGGCAGCUGUGGUGACUCCAGUGACGCCUCUCAAACGUGAAGGAACAUUCACCAAGGACAGUCCUUCCAGGUCGCCGAAGGUCUCAAAUAAAACUCCUACACGACGUAAAUCGAUGCCUUCUCCCGGACGCACGCCUUUCCCUUUCUCCAAAAGCAAUUCCAAGGAGAAAAGCAUGUUGAACAUCACGCAUUCCAUAGAAAAACCCAAACGUCGUUCAUCAGUGGCGGCGGCCGCUCCUCGACUCACCAGAGUGAUGUUCUGCAGCCCCGUCGAUAACCCUGCCGCGACGACGCUCGUGAAGGGGAAGGUUAUCAAGUCCAACUUGAAGGGAUCUAACAAGAGCUUCGUGUUUGAGGAGAGCGUGUGCGAGUCACCCGGCGUUGCUCGCAAGCGGUCCUUGACUCAUGGCAGCGAGGUGGGCGAGGCCAAGCGAGCUCGACUGACCACCGGCAGCCAGCAGAGGGCGCGGACCACGAGCGCGACAGCGAGACUCCAGGACCCGGGCACUCCGAAGAAAGACGUCACUCCAUCCAAGUCCAAGCCGCCCCGCACUAAACUGCCGAACUUCGCCGCCCUUCAUCAGAAACACUUCGGCAAGAUGGAGUCACUGGACGAGUGUCAGGAACGGAAGGCUCGACGGGCGAAGCAGCUGUUGACGCCCAAACACACACACACACACGGACACUACCAGCCCUAA